CUGGCUGUUGAGCUGACAUCUGCUUGGUGACACAUUUACCACAUUUGCAGAAUGGAGUAUCUGUACUGGACAUUCCUUUGUUGUCUUCUACAGUUUAGUGUACAAGCUGGGAGGCUAGCAAAUUUUCAGAGGAGUUAUAUUAUUGGAGGACAGAAAGCAAUCCCACACAGUAAGCCUUAUAUGGCAUUUCUGAGUAUCAAAUCUGGGAAUUCUACUUAUCACUGUGGAGGCUUUCUGGUAGCACCUGACUGGAUAAUGACAGCGGCUCAUUGCAAGUUGCCAGGCAGCACCAUAACUGUACUGCUGGGCGCUCACAAUGUAGAGCAGCAGGAGGCAUCACAGCAAACCUUUGGAGUGAAAAAGGUUUACGUCCACCCUGGUUAUAAUCAUAGAAUUACAGGAUCUCCUAAUGACAUUAUGCUCUUGAAGUUGGAUAAAAAGGCGACUUUGAAUAAAUAUGUGAAGAUAAUUAAACUUCCCUUUUCCAGUUCUAAUGCAGAACCAGGACAAGUGUGUAAUGUUGCUGGAUGGGGCAUGCUUGAUGACACCACAUAUCCUAACACCAUGUAUGAAGUUAAUGUAGCUGUCGUGAGCAGGCAUUACUGUGUGACAUAUUAUAAUGAAAAGGUCAUAAAAGGUAGUAUGAUUUGUGCUGGAUUCAGAUCAGCUGAAAAGGAUUCCUCACAGGGUGACUCUGGUGGACCACUAGUCUGCAAUGGUGUUGCAGAAGGAAUCGUAUCAUUUGGCAAUGAGUACCCACCUGGAGUUUACACGCGAAUUUCAUCUUUCCAGUCAUGGUUCAACAACAUCAUGAAAGGAACCAAAAACUGAAGCUGGUUUACAAAUUUCCUUGUCAGCCAGUCUGUAUAAUAUACUACUACGCUCCAAGCUUUUUUUCUCAUCCAGGCUUUUGUUUUUUUCUUAUGUUAGCAAUAAUACUACUAAUACUACUUAUAGUUUAACAGUAUUAAUACUAAAUGCAAAAGUAAAUCUGCAAAUUUCUUGAUGGUUUAGGUGUAAACCACCAGGUAGUAUUAAAUCUUCAAAAAAAAGUCAUAUUCAUUGAUGGUUUACUGCUGUGACUUUAAACGUGUACUACUGACCUAAGAUUUAAAUCAGGGUCUGGUUUAAACUGUCAUUAUUGGAACAAAAUAGUGAGCAUGAGAAAGACAGUAGCAACUGACCUCCACAAGGAUCCCUUUGCAUCUUAAUAAAAUGCUCUGCUGUUUAACAAGCUGUGCAGUUGUUUCAGUAUUUAAACAACAGGCAGUCAUACGAUACCUGACUGUUUCAUGCACUGAUCAUUCUUCAAAAGUUCAUUGUGUUGCACAAUUUCCAUUGAAUAAUCAUUUUAGAGCACUUUAGACCUAUCUCUAAAUAACAGUAAAGCAACCCUUUAUACUCCAUGGAAUGAGGAUUCUCCACCUAAUUUAAGUUGUGAUGUAGAAGUUCAAUAGUUUCAUAACCAAAGCAGAGACAGCCAAAGCAGAGAGGAUUUUACCUUGACUGCACCAACAAUGACCUUCAGCUUGAUAAACUAGCUUGAAUGUUGGUGGGCAUGGACCAGCUGAAAGAUGGAACACUGAAGGGCCAAGAUGUCAAGGUCUUACUUUCCCUGCUUAGGUGGGGGAGUGUGUGGGUGCAUAUCUCACUACUGCAGAACUGCCCCAAGUAGCAUCAGCUGGGAAGUGCAGCUGGAAUGGUAUGCAAGAUUUAUAUCAAGGUAAGUUAGUAUCACAGGGGUAAAUAUAAAUAAAGGUGCUCCCGAUCAGUCUUUUAACUCAUAUUUUCACUUUCAUUUCUUCCAUGCUCCCUUUUACGCCCUACCCAAUAGCCUCACAUUCUUACAUAACCACAUUGAAUGUCUACUCUUUGCACCUUUUUGUUUUUAAUUAGUUCCUGGUCUGGAGCCCGGAGUAUCCUCUACUAUCCUUCACUCAUUCUAAGUGAUUGUUCACCACCUCAGUUUGCAUCUAGUUUUCAGAAUCAUUUCUACUUUCUCCAGGCUUAGCAUAAUUUACCCUCUUCUGAAGUCCCCCUCCAUUAGCCUUGGUAUUGGUUUACUGCCCUUCCCAUUAGCCUUCUCCCACUCUAAACAAUAAAAUAGAUUAUUCAAAGAUGGCUAACACCACCUUCAUGUGGACAUCCCGGACCUGAUCUGACUUACUUUAAACAAUGUCCAGAAUCCAGUCCUUUCUGGUACAGCCUCACAGUAGAGGGGUGAACUGAUUAUUCUCCAAGACGUCAGUUAACUCUUAUUCUCCCUCCAAGCCUUUCAUCCACUUUGCUUACUGCCUUCAUGGGAAACAACACUGUGCCGAUCCAUUGGCAGUGCCCCCUAGUUUAUUAACCUUAACUGUCAGGACAGGUCAGUUUUGAAAGACACCCCUCCUUCAUCUAUUCUUUAGUUAUAUAUUUUUACCCCCUCUUUGACCUCACAUUUGAUCAUACCUCUCAACUGUCCAGAUUUUCACAGAAUGUCCAGAUUUAUGCCUCAUACUUUUGGUCUGUUCCUCAUAAAAUUUGUGGUUUUCUGCCAAAUCAUUGAGGAUU